AUGCCCGCCAGCGUCGCACUGGACUCACACUCGCAACUCGCCGACAGAAUCAACGGAGGAGCCAUGGACGUCGAUGCGCCGAGCAAUGCUGCUCUUUCCGUAGCAGACUCGACUGCGACAGGCCGACUUCCCAUCGCUGUCAACAAGCCCACACCCUUCACCUUCGACCUGGGCAACCUGCUUGCCCACGACCCCAACCCCGUGCCUGCUGAGGCCGACGAAGAGGCUUUGGCCGCCACUGCUCGCGAUGCCGCACAAGCCCUCAUCAACCAGCUGCUGUCCACCUGCGAAGUCAAGGCUACCUCCGAAGGCGUGCACCUCGUGCUCCCUGCGCCACAAAUGGCCCUGCCCCGCGAGAAACCCAUUCCCCAGGCCAAGGAACAGACCAAGUGGGAGCGUUUUGCCGCCAAGAAGGGUAUCAAGGACAAGAAGCGCGACGGCAACAAGGUUUACGACGAGGCGACCGGCGACUGGGUCCCCAAGUGGGGGUACAAGGGCAAGAACAAAGAGGCCGAGAGCUCCUGGCUUGUCGAGGUUGAUGAGAAGAAGGAGGAGAAGACUGGAAAGGCACAUGAUGCGCGGGCUGAGAGCAGGCAUGAGCGCAAGGAGCGCACCAGGAGGAACGAGAGGAAGCAGCGCUCGAACGACGCCAAGUCUCGAAAGCCUGGUGUAUAA